AUGAAUCCAUCCCUAAGCCCGACCAGAGCCAAAAGGGAAACUCCACCGACAGCAGAUGCCAAAAGCGAUCCCAAAAAGCUCCUGCUUAAAUGUGACGAAUGCAGCAAGACCUUUAAGUUCCUCUGCAAAUUACUAGCCCACAACAGAAGACACAAAAACGAGAGACCAUAUGUAUGUGAUCAAUGUCACAAACGCUUCUUUCAAUCUUCAGACCUCCAUGUGCAUCAAAGGAUCCACAGUGAAGAGAAGCUGUACCAGUGCAGAACAUGCAAGGCCUCUUUCAGCCACGUGACGAACCUAAAAGCCCAUGAGAGAAUUCACACAGGCGAGAAACCCUAUCUGUGCUCCAUCUGCCAGAAAUCCUUCCGCCAGUCCUCAGCACUCCUUGAACAUCAGCGGACGCACACAGGAGAGAGGCCCUACAAAUGCCAUGACUGUGGGAAAGGGUUCCGCAACAGCUCGGCACUCACCAAACACCAGAGGAUCCACACCGGGGAGAAACCCUAUCAAUGCCCUCAGUGUGGCAGGGCGUUCAACCAGAUCGCACCACUAAUCCAGCACCAGAGAACUCACACCGGGGAGAAGCCCUAUGAAUGCAGUGAAUGCGGGAAAUCCUUCAGCUUCAGGUCUUCCUUCAGCCAGCACGAGCGGACUCACACUGGUGAGAAGCCCUAUCAGUGUGGAGAAUGUGGCAAGGCCUUCAGCCACAGUUCAUCACUGACCAAGCACCAGCGCAUCCACACGGGGGAGAAGCCCUACGCGUGCCAUGAGUGUGGAAAAGCCUUCACAAAUCACCCAAUGAUCCAGCACCAGAGGACCCACACGGGAGAUAAGCGUUACGAGUGCAGCGAGUGUGGGAAAGCCUUCAGCCAGAGCACUCUGCUGAUAGAGCACUGCAGGAUUCACACUGGCAAGAAGCCCUACGGGUGCAACGAGUGUGGAAAAACCUUCAGUCACAGUUCCUCCCUGAGCCAGCAUGAGCGGACACACACUGGGGAAAAGCCCUACGAGUGCCGCCAGUGUGGCAAGGCCUUUCGGCAGAGCACACACCUAACACAGCACCAGAAAAUCCACACGGGGGAGAAGCCCUACAUAUGCAGCGACCGUGGCAAGGCCUUCAGCCACAGCUCCUCCCUGACUAAACACCAGCACAUCCACACAGGGAAGAAGCCCUAUGCAUGCCUGGUGUGUGGUUGGGCCUUCAGCCAGCUGGCUCCCCUCAUUCAGCACCAGAGAAUCCACAGAGGAGAGAAACCCUAUGAAUGUGCUGAGUGUGGUCAGGCCUUCAGCCAGAGCUCCCUUCUCAUCAAACACCAGCGGAUUCACACCAAGGAAAGGCUCUACGGGUGCAAGGAAUGUGGGAAAUCCUUCACACUGCGGCAGAGUACCCACCUGACGCAGCACCGGAGGAUCCACACAGGAAAGAGGCCCUACAAGUGCAAGGACUGUGGCAAGGCCUUUACCCACAGCUCUUCCCUGACCAAGCACCAGAGAAUUCAUACUGGGUAG